CUGGUACGGGCUUGUGGACUUCUCUAGCUUUGCUCCUUUCCCCUGGUUCAAUUUAGCACUUUAUAUUUUCACAAUGGGUUUCCAGAAGAAGUCGGGAAAGGGACGUCUCGAUAAGUAUUACCACUUGGCCAAGGAGCAAGGGUACCGCGCCCGUUCGGCGUUCAAGCUGAUCCAGCUGAACAAAAAGUACAACUUCCUUGGCUCAGCACGCGCGCUGAUUGAUCUGUGUGCGGCGCCCGGAGGCUGGCUGCAGGUAGCGCAAAAGUACAUGCCUGUGCAGAGCCUUAUCCUGGGUGUGGAUCUGGUUCCGAUCAAACCGAUUCCGAACGUGAUUACAUUUGCGGAGGACAUUUUGACAGACAAGUGCCGCAACCGGCUGCGGCAGGAGAUGAAGACAUGGAAGGCAGAUGUGGUGCUGCACGACGGUGCGCCCAACGUCGGCUCCAACUGGUCGCACGAUGCGUACUCGCAGGCAGAGCUGGUGCUGAUGUCGCUGAAGCUGGCGACAGAGUUCCUGCGUAAGGGUGGAACAUUUGUGACCAAGGUGUUCCGGUCCAAGGACUACAACAGUUUGAUUUGGGUGUUCAACCAGCUGUUCCGCAAAGUGGAGGCGACCAAGCCGCCGUCGUCGCGUAACGUUUCGGCUGAAAUUUUUGUUGUGUGCCAGGACUUCAUUGCGCCCAAGAAAAUCGAUCCGCGGUUCCUCGACGCCAAGUAUGUGUUUGAGGAUCUGGAGAUCAACAAGACGAUGACCUCGACCGAUAUCUUUGCGCCUGAGCUCAAGAAGAAGAAGCGCCACCGCGAGGGCUACGAGGACGGCGACUACACGCUGCACAAGAAGAUCGAUGCCAUGGAUUUUGUCAAGAGUCGCGAUCCAGCGGGCAUUCUAGGCAGUGCCAAUGAGAUGGAGUUUGUGUCGGACGAGUCCAAGGAGGUGGUGAAGCUGCCCGAGACCACAGAGGAUAUUCUGCUGGCGUGCAGGGAUUUGCGUGUGCUUGGUAAGAAGGACUUCCGCACCCUGAUGAAGUGGCGUGCGGGUCUGCGCGAGCGGUUCCAGCUCGAGAAGGCUGAGGAGAAGCCCAAGAUCGAGGAGAAGGAAGGCGACGAAGGCAGCGAUGUUGAGGGUGAGCUGGACGCGCUAGCGACCGAGGAGAUGAAGAAGCUGCGCAAAGAGCGCAAGCGCCAGAACGCCAAGCGCCAGCGCAACCUGGUCAAGAUGCAGCUCAACAUGACUACCCCCACAGACAUUGGUCUGGAGCAGGACGCUGACGCAAUGUUCACAGCGUCGUCGACUGUUGGCGACAAGCGCAAGAUCCGCGACCUCCACAGCGGCCAUGUCGAUGACAUUGAUGUUGAGGCAGCGCUGGCUGGCGAGACGCUGGUGUCGCUCGGUUCGCGGCCUGCUGGCUCAGACUCUGAGAUGUCUGAAGAUGAGGAGCGUGCCGAGGAUGUUGACUCCGACAGCGAGCGCAUCGCCAUGCUCGAGGACGAGAUUGAGGGUCUGUACUCGGAGUAUGUCGACCGCAAGCGCGAGAUGGACACAAAGUAUGACAUCAAGAAAAAGCGUGCUGCCGAGGAGGAGUUCCGUGGCUUCAGCGACGAUGACGAUGAGGAGGGGGCGGAGAAGAGCGGGUCGAGCGACGAGGAGUCUGGAUCAGAGGCGUCUGCCAAGUCUGAGAUGUCGGCUGAUGAGGAUGAGGAUAUCCGGUCGAUGAUGCGUGAGGCAAAGGAGAAGAAGAUCACCAAGCGCUCGCGCGGCAAGAAGGACAUUGUAAAUGCCACGCCUGCGCAGCUGUCCAAGAACUCUGCCAUCUGGUUCGACCAGCCCAUGUUCAAGGGUGUGGGCGGCGUCAACCUCGACGACCUGUCGGACGAGGAGGUUGGUAGCAAGCGCAAGCGUCCUGUCACAGAGACCGCCGAUGAUGUUGGUGCCAGCGACUCGGACGACUUUGAGGUUGUGUCUGCUGAGGAGUUCGACAGCGACCCAGAGAAUGUCGAGCUGGAGGACGAGCAGCGCGAGGCUGACUAUGAUCUGGCAACACCCGAGGCCAUGACGAUGGUGCGCGAGCUGGCGAACCGCAAGUCGUCAAAGCACGACCUCAUCGACAAGCACUUUAACCGCUACACAUUCAACGACUCGCAGAACCUGCCCGAAUGGUUCCUCGACGAUGAGAACCGGCACAACAAGCCAACACUGCCUGUCACCAAGGAGCGUAUUGCCGGCAUGCAGAAGAAGGCUGAGGGCGUUAUCCAGAACGAGGAUAUGACUGAGGCCGAAAAGGCUCGCAGCAUUGACCGCAUGAUCAAGCGCGCGACCAAGGCGAAGCCCAAGCAGAAGGUGCAGCUGGUGGUGGCCAAGAACAGCAACCGUGGCAUCCAGGGACGCCCCAAGGGCAUCACGGGCAAGUACAAGAUGGUAGAUAGGCGCAUGAAGAAGGAGCUGCGUGCCCAGAAGUCGCGCGAACGCAAGUCCAAGAAGAAUGGUGGACGGAAAAAGUAAGAAGCACGCCGGUAGUAGCGACUCACGUUUACAAAAAACAAGACAUUAUAUAUGACCAUGUGCGCGAUAGGCCUGGGCUAUAUUGCGCCCGGCUGGUGGCAUAU